ACCUUGGAAAAUGAUUCAUACAUCAAAAUGGUGAAAGGGAAAUAAAAAUAUAUGCUGACCCUGGCAAAGCGUUACACCAAGCGGCAUUUGGAAGGACGCCUCUAAAUUAUACUGACAGCUCGAAGGGUCUCCGGGGGCUUCCCAGCUGGUCGUCUGCAGCACAAGGGCACAGGGCAGGACGGUCUGAUGAGCCCCGCAUACCAGGAAUCCUGCGUUCGCUGGCAUUGAGUUUCAUCUAACGCCUGCACCUGCUACCAGUCCCACCUUAUCUCCCUGUUUCCGUAGGAAGCUGCUUGGUGAGCACAGGAAUACCCCCUGCCCAAACUGCUGCCCCCUCUCUGCAUCUUCCUAGUGUACUCGUAAAGCCUCUGGCACCAAAGGUUUCGUAAUCCCUGUUGUAGGAUUAAUCAGGUGCACUGUCUCCAAUACUGUUUUGAACAGUCCUGACCAGGAUUAUCCUCUCAGCCACCCUCAUUUCCCGCAUUUUAUCGCAUUUCUGUUGUAAUGCCAGCAGCCCUACCCUCUUCCAUAGAAUCGCAUCACUGCUGGAAUCAGUGAACGUGUGUGUGUGUGCUUUCCUUUGCACUCUCCUAUCUACAGUCUGCACCCGGGAUCCCCUCAGAACACCGCCCCUUUUCAUCAGAGCCAGCUGCCUCCUCCUCCUCCUCCUGUGAACUCUCCCUUACCCUCUCCCCGUGUGCCUGCCCAAGCGCACUCAUACACCAUGCACUCUUAUAGAUCAUGCACAGCAGCACGCUGACAGCCUUCACUUUCCUGCUCCCCACCUUCACUGCACCCAUGCCUGCCCAGAGAUCGGAUGCCCUCUGAGUUGGAUCCCCCCCUCUCCCUUUCUCCCCUGACACUGUCAGUUUCAGCAGAUCUAAUACUGGCAGCAAGCGAAAAAGAGCAACUUGUUACACUUGUAUCGGUUUGUAUUGGCGUUGUUGCCGUUUUGGAGAGACUGACAGAAAAGCAGAGGAAGAGGCUCUUUCAGGAAGGAAAGUGGAAAGGAUCUGCUUGUUUUACAUGUAAUUGGUGUUACAGUUAUUAUCGGAUUGAUUUUUGUGUUGGACUGAGAGCUUCGGAUCCGUAAUCAAGCAUUUCUCCUCUUCCAGCUGGCUGGAUACUACCUGUAUAUCUGAAGAUGGCUACAGGAGAUUUUUGUUAAAUAACUGCAAGAAAAAGACUCCAAAUAUACUGAAAAUCAAAUCGGUAUUUAGAACUGGCUGGCUUUCCAGUUGGAGAAAAUACAUACUGAAGUAAGAUCGACAUUGAACCCAUCCUUGCCAUCAAAAAUUGAUAUGUCAAAAAACAACAGCACAGCCAUGCAUGUGAGAUUUCUAUGGGACACAGGUUGCCUGACAUUGCUGAUAAGACCUGCACUUUAGUGAAACAGCAAACAACUGUUUUUUUUUUUUUUAAAGUUAUCAGCAAACACAUCGCACCCUUAAAAUACCUGUAAAGUCUGUCCAUUAAUGUUCUUUAACACUUAUAUAUGAAUAUAUAUAUAUGAUAUUCAAAUGCUUUGGAAAAGAAACAUGGAUACAUUACCACUUUGAAAAGAAGAACUGGUCACACUCCAUGUGUCUGUAUAACAUUGUUAGAAGCUAGCACUUAAGAUUUUUUUGGAAUCAUGGAAUCUGGAGACAGCAUUUUAGGACAAGAGGCUACCUCAAGGUCCAGAGAUCCUGACAGAAUACGAAGUAGAUGGACACAAGACAGCUCCCCUCUUGUAACAAGGAACACUUAUAGCAGUCAAGAAAGAGAGAUACAACCACAAAUUCAUUCAGAACGUAUUGGAAACCCACAGCAUUUUAGUUCUCUGAAAGUUACUUCACAAAUUGAUACUGCACAUAUCCCAGAAAAGCAAUACACUCAGAAGCGCCAUGGUUCCUAUACACCUCGCCAUUCACAUUCUUUUCCUCAGCAUACGCUGCAUCAACAAAGAUUAGUGCACAGUGCAAAGAGUUUAGAAGUACCAGUCUACCAGUUUCAUAGUCAUUUGCAGCCUGUUCCUUCAGAGGAUUUAUUUUUCCAAAUGCAUGGUGGGCAAAGUGCAUCAUUCUCCAGGAAAAAAAUUUCAGGACUUUCUUCCACUUAUAGCCAAUAUUCACAAAAAUCUCUUGAGUCAUCAGAAGAUUCUCAUAAAAAGGAACAAAAACCUAAGAAACCCGGAAAAUAUAUAUGUCCCUAUUGUACCCGAGCUUGUGCCAAACCUAGUGUGUUGAAAAAACAUAUUAGAUCUCAUACUGGAGAACGCCCAUAUCCAUGUGUGCCCUGUGGCUUUUCUUUUAAAACAAAAAGCAAUUUGUACAAACACAGGAAGUCACAUGCCCAUGCAAUUAAAGCUGGCUUAGUUCCUUUCACAGACUCUGCUGUGUCUAGGUUAGAUUUAGAUGCUGCUUGCAUUGAUGUUGAAACAGAAAUACAUUCUGAUGGAGAACAGAGCACUGACACGGAUGAUGACUUGCUUUUGGGCCCAGAAAAAAGUAGCCCAAUUCAACUUGAUUUGACUUCCAGAAGUGGAGAAAUAUUGGACUCUGGUUUCCAUACAUCUUCAGAAGAAUCAUCGGGAGGCCCCAUAAAAGUGCCAAUAUUAAUAAUCCCCAAACCUGGAAGUCAGGUAUCCAGUGAAAACUCUACAUUUAUAUCAUCUGAUUUAUUGGCUAACCAUGUAACUAGUAAAGCUGAUGAAUCCCACACAGUGAGGCAAAAACUUGCACUGAAAUUGACUGAAAAUAAAGGGCAAAAUUCUGAAAAAUCCUCAAAUCUUUUAAGCCCACAUAGUAAAGGAAGCACUGAUUCAGGUUAUUUUUCACGAUCAGAAAGUGCAGAACAGCCAAUAAGUCCUCCAAACACUAAUGCAACAUCUUAUGAGGAAAUAAUGUUUGGCAAAUUCUGUAGGCCUAGAUCUUCUUUAACAAGUCAAGAAGCCAACUUAUCAGUUGUAAAUCCUAGCAUGACUGAAGAAAACAUUUCUCAACUCAUUACAAAAAGACAAAAUGUAUCUGAUCCUAGCAAGUUCCGAAGUCUAAAAUCUAGCAGAUUUACUGGAUUUCACACUUCUGAGUUUUCCAAGAACCAGUUGAUUGCAGAUUCUGCUGAAAGUGAAAACAAAUUAUACUCAGAAAUACAGGCCCAACCUUCUGGUCUUUUAGCUGCUGGUGAUGCAUCAACACUUACAAGAAGCAAUUCAAUGCCAACAUGUUCUGGAACAAAUUUAAGCAUUCCUCCUAAUAAAAGAGGAAGUCAUUCAUUCGAUGAACGCAUUACAGGUUCUGAUGAUGUAUUUUACCCUGGGACUGGUGGUAAUCCCCAUCAGCGAUUUCUAAGACGUCAGGGGGCAUUUGAGUUAGCUGGAGAGGGUCAUUCUGAAUUUGAUCCAUAUGCCAGGGUGCCCAAAAAUGCAGUUUUUUCAUACCACAGGAAAACAGCACAUGAAAAAAACCUGUUACCUCAAGAAAAGAAAAUGGCUCCAGGAGAGAGAGGCAUAUAUGAUUUAAGUAUUUCAGCAGUGCAGCAAAAAAGAUGGGAUGACUUUGAGGCUUACAAACAGGGAUACCGAGAGUCACAAUUUAUAAGUGGAAUUAAAUCUGGUGAAUUCUUUAUUGAUGUUACAGCACCUCCACUCUCUAGAUUUGGCAUAACAGUUGAAAACAGAAAGCGCAGGAAAGAAAAAAGUGUGGGUGAUGAAGAAGAUAUUCCUAUGGGAUGUUCACUAGGCAGCCCAAUGCACUCAGACCUUGAUAUAAAAUCUCAGCUUCAGGAGAUUGCAAGAGGUGGCCUUGUUGUUUCAGGGCAAGAAUAUCCUUACAGUGGGUCACAAGAACCCUUUGAUAUUGCUUCUAGAUUUCAUCAUCAGUCAGGUAGUCCCAUUUCAAUAUUAGAUGAAUCUUCUUUAGAUCCAGACAAAAAUGCCGAACUGGUCAGUAAAAAGCCUCCGGGUAAUGUAAUUUCUGUAAUCCAGCAUACAAACUCCUUGAGCAGGCCUAAUUCAUUUGAAAGGUCUGAAUCUACAGAGCUUCUAGCCUGUCAGCAAGAUAAGCCUUCCUCACCUUCUGAAGCAUGUGACAGUGGAAACACAAUGUCUUCAAUAAGUCCAGAAUGGACACAAUCUGGAGAAAUCGCUGAUACUUCAGGAAGGCCAUCUCCAUCUCAGCAAUCGCAACAAUCAGCAUAUCACAUGCCACCUAGAUUAGUACGCCAGCACAACAUUACAGUACCUGAGAUUCGUGUAACAGAGGAGCCAGACAAACCCGAAAAGGAGCCAGAAAUUCCAGUAAAAGAACCAGAAAAACCACCUGAAGAAUUCCAGUGGCCCCAAAGAAGUGAAACUCUUUCACAGCUACCUGCUGAAAAACUGCCCCCCAAAAAGAAACGUCUCCGGCUAGCUGAUAUGGAUAACUCAUCUGGGGAAUCCAGUUUUGAUUCAACAGGUACAAGUCUCUCUCGUAGUCCAAGUCAAGAGAGUAAUUUAUCCCACAGCUCAAGCUUUUCAAUGUCAUUUGAUAGAGAAGAGAUACUGAAAGUUUCAACAUUUACUAAGCAAGAUGAAAUAAAGCAGGCAGAAUUUUUGACUGUUCCUCCUGGUUCAUAUUCCCUUUCUGUACCAGGGCAACCUCAUCACAAAGAAAUGAGGCGCUCAUCAUCAGAACAGAUACCAUGUCCCAGCCUAACUGAAAUUCCUGAAAUUCGAAGCAAGUCUUUUGACUAUGGAAACUUAACUCAUGCUUCAGCUUCUGGGGCCACCACUACUACCCUUUCUCCAAAUCGUGAGAGAAAAAAAUGCUUUCUUGUGCGACAGGCUUCUUUUAGUGGGUUCCCAGAAAAUACCCAAACUGAGCAAGAAACUGCUGGAAAUCAAGAACCCUCAGAGCAAACUCAUAUAUGUCGAAGGUCUUCACAGAUUCCGUGGCAUCAUUCACCACCUUCUUCUUUACCAGGUUCUACAAGUGUUCUGUCUGAGGAUACUGGGAAUGUUCUUAUUGGUACUUCUGCACAACCUACUACUAGUACCUCAUCACACUAUUUACAGUCUGCUGGUUCUCAUGAUCCUUUACUGCAUCAAACUCCUUAUAUUCCCAAAAGACAUUUACAAGAUCAGCAGAGUACAUUUAUCCAUCCGGAGAAAACUGUAUAUCCACCAGUGCAUAAUGCAUUUCAGUUACCUUACAGUUCUGUUUGUAUGGCUCAGUUGCCUAUUCAUCACCCUUUCAUGUGGCCUACAUGUGUGGAUCCUUUGCAAAGGCAUUUUGAGCACCAUUUACAGCAAUUACAAAAGACUUACUUCAAGCAGCCUAGUCAGUCUACCAUACACUCCUAUUAUCUUGAUCCUGCCCAAGAGCUUACUGGAGGUAAACCUGUCAGUUACCUGCAUGGUGGAGAAAAAGGCUAUCACGCAUAUUUAGAAACAUCUGCACAUAGAUCUAAAAAUACAGUUUCAAAAUUACAGAGAGACCACAGUGGUGGGUCAAGUGACUCUACUGAUCAAAGCCUUCAGAUAGUUUCUGUUUCUCAGAGUACUGGUUCACUGCAAACAGGAACAGUUGUUCCAGUCAGAAUUCAUACACAUGUGCCAUCAUAUGGAAGUGUCAUGUAUACCAGUAUUUCUCAAAUCCUUGUUACUCAUGCACAGACCAGCAACCCUCCGAUUGUAAUUUGCAAAGUGGAUGGCAGUACAUCACAAAGAACACUGGCAACAAAUGCAUCCAUGAAAGGUUUCGGAUUUAGCAUUGCUCAGAUGCUAGGCCCUUGUGGAGCUAUUGAACAUCCCAUAUGGAAAGUGCCGCCAACAUUUGAUUUAGACUCUGCAAUCCCAUUGUGUCUGGCUUCUAAUUCAGAUAGUGUAGCUACUUUUGGAGGAGGAAAACGUAUGCUUUCUCCAGCCAGCAGUUUGGAGCUUUUUAUGGAGACCAAACAGCAAAAACGAGUCAAAGAAGAAAGAAUGUACGGACAAAUUGUUAAAGAAUUAAGUGCAGUAGAACUAACUAAUUCUGACAUUAAAAAGGAUCUGACACGUACCUCAAAACCUCAGUUGGUAAGGCAAGGCCGUACAACAGAGCAGAAGGAUAAUCUGCCUUCUAUCGGAACAUCGUCACCACCCUUAUCCUCAGACUCACCACAGAGCAUAUUACUAGAUGUGGCUGAGUCAAAGUCAAGUGAUAGUCCUGAAGGCAGAAUGUCACCUGAUGAAUUGUAUGAUGAAGAAACAGCAUCAAAUAUGAGCCUGAGCCCACAGAGUACACCAAGUGAAUUUUUUGAAGAAGACCCACUGAAGAGUCACAAGCCAUCAGUUAGUAUUUUGGAUCUCAGUUUAGUAGAUGGAGCUACUAUUGGUCCUAUAAAAGACGGCACAGAGUUACAUAAUAUUCUUCAAUUCCCAAGCUUACGUACACUUACAACUGUCAGCUGGUGCUUUCUAAACUAUGCUAAACCCAGCCAUGUGGAACAGGCAACGCUAAAGUCAUCUGUUUAUGCUUCAUGGUGUAUUAGCUCCUGCAAUCCCAACCCUUCAGGACUUAAUACCAGAACUUCUUUAGCUCUUCUUAGAUCCAAGCAAAAAAACACAGUAGAAAUAUAUACCGUUGCUGCCAUGAAUAGAUUUGGAGCUGGCAAAUUAACAUCAUCAAAUGUCUGGAAGCAUCAAUUUGCACAGAUGAAACUUGAAGCAUCCUUACUGGUUAGCAGCAAAUUGGAAAAGAAGGUUGCUGGAAUAAGCAAAGAAAGGACAAAAGGAGAGUCCCAUGGAGAGAAAGACAUUUCUGCUAAACAAACAGAGCCAAUGCGCAUUAAAAUCUUUGAAGGAGGUUUCAAAUCAAACGAAGAUUAUGUAUAUGUGAGAGGACGAGGACGGGGCAAGUACAUUUGUGAAGAAUGUGGUAUACGCUGCAAGAAGCCAAGCAUGCUGAAGAAACACAUCCGCACUCACACAGAUGUAAGACCUUACGUGUGCAAACUCUGCAACUUUGCCUUCAAAACAAAAGGAAAUCUAACAAAACAUAUGAAGUCGAAAGCACAUAUGAAGAAAUGCCUGGAGCUUGGAGUAGCAAUGACAUCUGUAGAUGAUGCUGAUGCGGAGGAAUCAGGAAGCAUUGAAGAUACACAGAAAGACUCUGAAAAGAGCAGUCCUGCCAUAGAUCAUCAGUUCUCCGAUGCUGAGGAAUCAGACGUGGAUGACGGUGAUGAUAAUGAGGAUGAAGAUGAUGAUGAUGAAGAUUUUGAUGACAAUCAGGGAGAUAUAACACCAAAGACUAGGUCAAGAAGCACUAGCCCACAGCCACCCAGAUUUUCCACCUUGCCAGUAACUGCAACUUUGGCAUCCCAAAGGGCAUCACCUGAAACCUCUAUAGGGCAUUCAUCUUUAAUGAGUUACCUAUCCACAAUGCCCAGUAUUCAAAUUACACAUCUCAUGACAAAAAAUGCUAUGUGUGGAGAUUCGCAAAUGAUGGAGUAUCAAAGGCUUUUUCUUCCAGAUUUGGAGCAUGACCGUGGUAAAAUGGAUGUACCUGUUGGUAUGGAUGAGGACUUCAUGCUUACUUCUGAACCUAGCUCCUCUCCCAAGGACUUCUCAUCUUGUAGCCGCCAUUCCUCACCGGGCUAUGAUUCUUCUCCUUGCCGAGAUAAUUCACCUAAAAGAUAUUUGUCAUUAAGGGGUGAUAUGUCUCCGAGAAGGCACUUGUCACCAAGGAGAGAUGCAUCACCCUUGAGGCACUUGUCACCCAGAAAAGAAGCUGCAAUAAGGAGGGAAUUAUCUCCAAGAAGGGACGUAUCACCACGGAGACAUCUCUCACCAUUGAGGCCAGUGUCUCCAGGAAAAGAUCUGUCAUCAGGACGGGAUAUUUCUCCACGACGAGAGAGAAAAUAUAUGGCCACAUUUAGAGCACUUUCACCAAGAAGACGUUUACAUCAUAAUUCAAGUUUGCCAAUAACUCAUUAUUUGCACUCAGAUUCAGGAUUUCUGGGGCAAGGAAGACGGAACUGGCCACAGGUACCUUAUACAAGUCCUCAUCCAGAAACUAUUCUUGGACAUCAAAGCCCUGGCCAAACUCUUGAGGCUCAUAGAGAUUAUGUAUUCAGCCACCUCCCGUUACACUCACAGCAACAAGUACGAGCACCUUUACCAAUGAUCCCUAUAGGUGGUAUUCAAAUGAUCCACUCAAAUUCUACAAUUCAGUCCAGUUCUCAUUCUUCUGCCACACACUUGCACGAGAGGAGCUCAGAUGAAAAGAGAAGUAUGUCUUUGGAGUCAUGUCCGAGUAUCCCACUGCACCUUGAUGAACAUUCUUCUAAUAUCUCCCUAAAAGAUUCUUCAUCUGAGUCUGACUCCACUUGCUUACCUUCUCUUGGACAAAGUCCUACAGAUGAAAGCUCCCAACCCACAGAACGGGAACAGGAGGAAAAUAUACGCACUUGUACAAAAGCCAUUGCUUGCCUGAGGAUUGCCACAGAGGAUGGUUUACCGCAAAAGCGGGACCUACUGUCUCGUCCUCCUGAGCCGAAUCAAAAAACUUCAGAAUGUUCACAGCUCGGCAUUAGGCACUUUAGUGGACUUGAGGCAGGCACUGCACUUGCAAGCGCCUCAACCACCCAUGUUGACUUGCACGGAGAUAAAGACAGUUUUGGUACAUCACAAUCUACAGCAGCCCAUUCCAAAUUCUACAGUAAAACUAUGGACAUGAAAAAGUUAGGUUUUCAUGGUAGGAAAGAUGAGCCAUCAAGCAUGCAAGAGGUAAAAGACACAGCAGAAUCAAGUAAACCACAUUGAAUUGGAUGGGCAUGUAGACUUUAUGAUCUUUUUAUUCUUGUAGACAACACAUUCAAAGCAUGUCUGAUACUAAACAUGAAUUUGUCCUUAAAAGAAUUACUAGGAUAUUGGAUACACGUACCUACAUGGGUGUGUGUGUGUGUAUAUAUGCACACACAAACACACACAGUAUAUUAUUUUAAGCCUGACCAAAAUGAAAAUUGAAACUCUUGUAUUGGGUCUGGUACUUUUAAAUGUACAGAUGUUUGUGCCUUUUUCUUUACUUUGCUUAUAUUCUUAUAAGCAUUUUAGCAGUACCCUGUAUAUAUUUUAGAAUUUGUGUAACUGCUUUGUAAUAAUUGUAAUUUUCUUUCUUUUUUUGGACACUUGGGUCUAAAUGUAAAGAAAAUAUAGCAUCAAUAUAUAUAUGUGAGGUUGCACUAAAACAUAUUUUUAUAUGAUUGAAACUGAACAGCUUUUAUGUACAGCUCUGAUCCUGUAAUACUAAUAUUUAUUUACUUUGUUUCAUAAAAUGUAAAUUUUUUCUUAAUGUUGUGAAUUACUUUUUCUAUGUGAAGCAUGGGGUUUACUGUUGCGUAAUUAGAACAAAAAUAUGUAUAGUGUAAGCAAGGUAUUUAAAAUGAAAUAUCAUCUUAUUAUGCACUUACGCAUUGGUUAAACAAAAACGAUUAAGGGUGUAUCAGUUCUUAACUCUUGUAAUUUCUUCGUCCCUUGUUUGCUAAAUUGACAAUAACUUAAGUGCUGGUUGUGAUUUGAAAAUAAUAGUAAUGUAAAGCAUUAAAAGUACAACUAUGUGCUAUUGUGAGGUUCUCUCCCAAGGCUGUAUAAAAGUUAUAAAUAUAUCACAAGUAUUUGGUCUUACGUGAACAUGUGGCUCUGCAUUCGCAAAUCAUACAUAUGGGCAAACAUUCCACCCCAUGUAUAUGUACAAGUGUAUCACUGGUACAAUUAUAUGUAACUCUCAGUUGGACACAUUGUCACCAUAUAAUUUGAAUAGAGUGUCUAUAUAAGGUGGCAAAGCACAUCUAACUGUAUGGAACUUGGGUUAUCCUUUGUGCUAUUUAGUGGAUUAUAAUUCUGUGAAACCAAGUUUGUAUAUGGAAUUACAAAUCAUUAAGGAGUGUUCUUUAAAAAAAAGAAAUAAAUAUACAAGUAAAUGUAAA